GCUCAUCUCUUGUCUCCAUCGCAGUGCACAGCUGUGCGUAAUACCACGCUCAAAGAAGGCGUGAUGAGGUCUGCCCCCAGCCCAGGCUGGAUUAGAGUGUGUGAGGAUAGACGGGACUCCCUCCUCAUCCACAUUGCGCAGGACAUCGUGGACACAGUAGUAUUCACAGAAGUAGCCGGGUCAGACUAUCGGUCCGGCAAGGCUGCAACAUGCGCUCACCGCUACUCGCUACGUUUCAGUCCCUCAGCGCACCUGGGACGUGGCUUGUAUCAGUUUUAACGCACUCUCUCCUGUCACUCCGUCUGUUUUGCACUUUAGAUCAGGCUGUCAUUGGAGUGGGACAAUGGGGACAACACGGUGAAAAGCUAAAAACUGCGCCCGUCCCCGCGCACCGAGAAAUGUUCUGCGGUUUCACUUGAGGAGCAACAUGGAGAACCCCGCCAAGUAUCUGUCAUCGGUGCAGGGGAUUGACUCUGCGCCGGCACACCUCGGAGAGAUAAUGCGGAACAGCACCGAAACGGAGGCGAGAAAUGACUGGAGAAAGGACAUGGUUUUGCGUACUGUGACGGGCUGCCUGCUGUUCCUUCUCAUCCUGUGGACUCUGUUAGGGAACAUCCUGGUUUGCGCUGCGGUGCUGCGCUUUCGGCACCUGCGGACCAAAGUCACCAACAUUUUCAUCGUCUCCCUGGCUCUUUCGGACUUAUUCGUGGCCCUUCUUGUAAUGCCAUGGAAAGCGGUGGCAGAGGUAGCAGGCUACUGGCCGUUCGGCACUUUUUGUAACGUUUGGGUCGCUUUUGACAUCAUGUGUUCCACCGCGUCUAUCCUAAACCUCUGCAUCAUCAGCGUGGACAGAUACUGGGCUAUCUCAAGCCCCUUUCGUUACGAGAGGAAGAUGACCCAGCGAGUUGCCUUUGUAAUGAUAAGCAUCACUUGGACGCUCUCUGUGCUCAUUUCAUUCAUACCGGUCCAGCUAAACUGGCACAAAGCCAGCGGUGACGACAUGGCUGGGACGCACAACUCUUCCUCUUCGAUUCGUCAAUUGGAAGAAAACUGUGACUCCAGCCUGAGCAGAGAGUAUGCGAUCUCAUCGUCAUUGAUAAGUUUCUAUAUCCCCGUGGCAAUUAUGAUUGUGACCUAUACCAGGAUUUACCGGAUUGCACAAAUACAAAUAAGAAGAAUAGCCUCUCUGGAGAGAGCAGCGGAGCACGCGCAAAGUUGCAGGACUAACAGAAUAGAGUGUCAACACCACAACACCUUGAAAACGUCGAUAAAACGGGAAACCAAAGUGUUCAAAACCCUCUCAGUGAUCAUGGGUGUGUUUGUGUGUUGCUGGUUACCCUUUUUCGUUCUAAACUGCAUGGUCCCGUUUUGUGAAAAACCCACUACAGACCGGGAAGCAGGUCUGCCGUGCGUCAGCGAGACCACUUUUGACGUUUUCGUGUGGUUUGGCUGGACGAACUCCUCCCUGAACCCCAUCAUUUACGCUUUUAACGCCGAGUUUAGGAAGGCCUUCGCGAGCCUCCUCGGCUGUCGCAAUUUCUGCUCAAGUACGCCUGUGGAGACUGUCAACAUCAGCAACGAGCUGGUCUCAUACAACCAAGACACUCUCAUCCACAAGGAAAUCGCGAACGCCUACGUCAACAUGAUCCCCAACGUGGUUGAAUGUAUCGAGCACGAGGAGACUUUUGACAGGAUUUCACAGUUUUCCCACAACAUCGAGAAUGCCACCGACUCCAUUUGUGACUUAGAGGACUGCGAGGCAGACAUAAGUCUUGACGGGAUGUCACCGUUCACACCUAACGGAUUACAUUGACUCAAACUGAGUCUGUGCGUAAUUGGAUGUAUUGAUAAUAUCACCAUCGCAUAACUCAUUCCGUUCCAUAAUAGUCUGACAAGCCCCUCUCCCAUGGGUCAGGGUCUAAUGAGGGAUCUGGUGACAUGCUCAUGGACACUUAAGCAGAGCCCUGAAGCCACCCUGCUGCUGCUGCUUUGCGUCAUAAAUGACACGUGAUGUUGUCCUGUGAUGUUUAGGUGUUGAUUUACUUGACAAGUGAAGUUUGUGUUCAUUUGUUUAGUGUAUUUGAAGCUGUUGUUCACUCAAAUGCGUUAUUCAGAGCGUCCAUACCUCAUGUGAAUCCACUUUGAGUCAGGGGUAGGGGGGGAUGUUUGUAAAGACAUAAUGGAAACUUUUGCUGCUUAAAAACCUCAUGUGCAUCCAGUGCCCACUGUCUAUUGUGUAUGAAAACUGAGGGCCGCCUUAUAGACAUUACAGUUCUAUUGAAAUGCAGUCAUUCCAGCGCCUUACAGCUUAUUCAGGCAGAAGUUAUGAGACACAUCAAGGAAUGUUUUGUACAAAGUUUGAGUUAAAUGAUGCCAAAUGCAGUGUUAAAAGUGUUUAUCUGCUGCACUUAUACCCUAUUACUACCCAAGCACACAUGCUCCAUCAGAUUCAGAUGGGCUAGGGGCGUUGAUGGAGCCACAAAUGAUCUUGCAAAAUGAACUGCUUUUAAUUCAUAAAAGUGAGCUUGUUUACACUGACAUCACCGAUCCAGAUUGAAGUUUGUUGAGAAAACAAAAAUUUACAAAACUGUUGCUCUUCUCUCUCUCUCCCUCUUUCUUGCUUUCUCUUUGUAGUUAUUUAUCACUGAGGCCAAAAUGACUGAAUGGUUCUGCUUUGUCAGGUCAUACUGAUCAAUUGAUUGAAGAGAAAAUCAAAACCAGUCACUUCUUUUAAAGAUGUUGCCAGGAAAAAUGAGGAACUAGUACAUUAGUAAACCAUCAGUCACUAAGUCCUUAUCAAGUUCUAUGGAAAUGAGAAUGCUUGGUUUUAUGAUGAAAUAUUGAUUUGUUUAUCAGGAAACAAAGAAUGGGUGAGGAAUAAACCAGGAACAUCUCUCACAUCAAUAAACAUUAUCAUAAGUGCUUUCCUAAUAGUUCCUAGAGAACAGACCAGAGGAUCCAGUAUCAAUGAAGCAGUAGGUAUUGAUUAGUUUAUAGAUGUCUGUAAAAGCCUUUAUUCGGAAUACUUUUUGCACAAGUCAUUUACAAGUAACUCUGCAAAUACCAGGCCUGCCUCGUAAGUAUUCGUAUUAGCCUGUAUUAUCAUAUUUUUCACCAUAAACAGUGUUUUUAUGAAUAGUUUUUAAAUAUUCCAACACUUAACUUCAAAAUAUUUGGAUUAUUCACUCUUUAGUCAAUAAAAAUUGUGCACCACAAUGUGUGGUGGCAGUAGCCAUUACGGGAGCCAAUACAAAAACUUACGAGGCAGGCCUUGUAUUUGCAGAUGGAAACAUGUUUUUUUAAAACCAUUAUUAUGAUCAUUGUUAUUUUUUACAUUCAAUCUAUCAGUAGUUCCUGCUUUUCGAAAGAAAAAAAAUACAUUUUUUUAUUAUAAAGUUCCAACAAUAGAGCUAAAACUAAACUUUCCAAAAAAAUCAAGAGCAAAUGAGACAUAAUUUUACUUCAUAUGAAGGAGGAGAACAUCACAUUUAUCCAGAAUAAAAAGCGGACAAACUAGAAUGUGAGUUAGUGCAAGUCCACUUUUUUUCCUGAACAUUAAGUCAGUGGAAGGGAACACCGCGUGAAAACAUGAAAAAUUCAUAGCUGUCUAUUCUUUUUUCAUGAUAAUUUAUUAAAGGGACAUUUGCCUAAUGUGCAUUAAGUGAAGAAUGACUAUCCAAAUAGCUGCAAACAGAUAAUAAGCAUGCAAGUUUCAUGUCAGCCAACACCUGCAGAGAAAUCAUUUAGUGCACAAACUGACACACCUACUAUCUCCACAGAGAUAUGACAUUUGUGUUUUGCUAAUUGUGCAAUCAGAAAUGCAUCAUACAGAAAACACCCAGAAUUCAAACAACAUGUAUAUAAUUAUGUUGUCUGCAUAUUCAUUCUUUUUAUUUGCAUUACAGGGUAUCAAGCUCCAAAAACAAAGGAAUCCCUGAAGCAAUGAUUGAGCACUUAUUUACCACCCUGUCCAAUCCAGCACUCUACAAGCACUGGGGUCUACUUAUCCACCUACUAAUCCCUGUUAUGUGAAAGCACAAAACAGCAACUCAUAUAUGAGAAUUUUUGUAACUACUUCUAUUCAUUUCAGAGCUGUUAUAACUACUCUGUUAUCACAAAUAUACUGAUCAUUAGGUUAGCUGCUACACUUUAAAAUAACUGAUUAUGGCUCAGUAUUUGUUACUUCCUCAUGCUUUCCUUUGUCCUCUCCAGAAAACCUUGCAGAAUCUAUUACAAAGUGUGACCAAAAUAUAAGGGCCAUCUCCAGUAACCAAAGAUUUCAAGGAGUAAAUCAAUAACUCUGACACAGUAAGGCUGACAUGCUUUGUUAGCUUGAAAUAUCGUUGAUAUAGAAAGCUCACACCUACCUACAAGCUACUGGGGCAACACAUCUGUAUGCUAAUACAUCACCUCUUCCACUCCUAGUUCUAUCUUUGUACUGUACAGAUGACCUGAUCUGAAUGUAAACUGAUGU